AUGUCAGGCAGACAAGCGUCCCUCAGGAAUGCAUACAAUCAUCACGAUCGGAACUCGGCUGAGGGCAAGGCCGGGAGGAGACCAAGAACCCUGUUGCCAAUCAAGGUGACCAUCGAGUAUGAUAUUCAACCUUUCAGUAUUGGUGAGACUCUGCGAGACACAGCAUUGAGCAUGACGGUGUUGCAGCUCCUAUUGAUCAGUACCACGGCGAGGGCCGAGACAGAAUUUCCCAUGCAAGUUGAUUCUUACAAAGCCGUCAAGACAAAGAAGAAGGAAAUGGCAUACGCCGCGGAUUCAGGCGCCGUGGAGAUCAUGGGCUCUUAG